GCGUUUUUAUAGCAUGUUGGAUGCUAUAACUCGCUUGUUAAAACGGACUAGGUUCGAGUUGCAGCAGAUACCGUUUUAAAGAUUGCAGAGUACCAAGCGGGAUAGGACCGAGGAAGAAAAGGAAACGGUUUCAAUUGGAUCGAAACCUCGCCUUCAUUUUUGAUUCAGGAUGGGGAACAGAGAUGACGAGUAUGACUACUUGUUCAAAGUGGUGUUGAUAGGAGACUCUGGUGUGGGGAAGAGUAACCUGUUGUCUCGUUUCACCCGGAAUGAGUUUAACCUGGAGAGUAAGAGCACCAUCGGGGUGGAGUUUGCCACCCGCAGUAUCCAGGUGGAUGGGAAGACCGUGAAGGCUCAGAUCUGGGACACAGCUGGCCAGGAGAGAUACCGGGCUAUUACAUCAGCGUAUUACCGUGGUGCCGUGGGUGCUCUUCUGGUCUAUGACAUCGCCAAGCACCUGACCUAUGAAAGCGUGGAGCGUUGGCUGAAGGAGCUGAGAGACCAUGCUGACAGCAACAUCGUUAUUAUGUUGGUUGGCAACAAGAGUGACCUGCGCCACCUCAGGGCUGUGCCCACCGAUGGGGCACGGGCGUUUGCAGAGAAGAACGGUUUGUCUUUCCUGGAGACCUCAGCCCUGGACUCUACUAACGUGGAGACAUCCUUCCAGACCAUUCUGACUGAAAUCUAUCGCAUUGUCUCUCAGAAACAGAUGUCAGACCGGCAAGACAACAACAUGUCACCUAGCAACAACGUGGUCAACAUCCAGGUGCAGCCGACGGAGAAUAAACCAAAGAUGCAAUGUUGUCAGAGCAUUUAACGGCAUCACCAGUACCACCUGCUUCCCCCUGACCCCCGACCCCAAACCCCCUUCUAAAAGACUGCUUUGGUCCUGUCUGUCUGAGACACAGCUGCGUGGCCAGGCUCUAGACUGACACACAGCUGCAUGGCCAGGCUCUAGACCGAGACACAGCUGCGUGACCAGGCUCUAGACCAAGACACAGCUGCGUGGCCAGGCUCUAGACUGACACACAGCUGCGUGGCCAGGCUCUAGACCGAGACACAGCUGCGUGGCCAGGCUCUAGACCGAGACACAGCUGCGUGGCCAGGCUCUAGGGUCUAUACUGAGUAGAGGCUGCCUCCAAAGUGUGCACUUACUUGUCUUGCACACUUCUGUGUCUGAGCCUGUUAGUUCCUUAAGGAUCCCCAGUCAGGACUAUACAGCUGUGUCUGAGCCCGUUGGUUCCUUAAGGAUCCCCAGUCAGGACUAUACAGCUGUGUCAGCCCGUUGGUUCCUUAAGGAUCCCCAGUCAGGACUAUACAGCUGUGAUCCCGUUGGUUCCUUAAGGAUCCCCAGUCAGGAAUAUACAGCUGUGUCUGAGCCCGUUGGUUCCUUAAGGAUCCCCAGUCAGGACUCUACAGCUGUGUCUGAGCCCGUUGGUUCCUUACGGAUCCCGUUGGUUCCUUACGGAUCCCGUUGGUUCCUUACGGAUCCCGUUGGUUCCUUAAGGAUCCCCAGUCAGGACUAUACAGCUGUGUCUGAGCCCGUUGGUUCCUUAAGGAUCCCCAGUCAGGACUAUACAGCUGUGUCUGAUCCCGUUGGUUCCUUAAGGAUCCCUAGUCAGGACUAUACAGCUGUGUCUGAGCCUGUUGGUUCCUUAAGGAUCCCCAGUCAGGACUAUACAGCUGUGUCUGAUCCCGUUGGUUCCUUAAGGAUCCCCAGUCAGGACUAUACAGCUGUGAUCCCAUUGGUUCCUUAAGGAUCCCCAGUCAGGACUAUACAGCUGUGAUCCCGUUGGUUCCUUAAGGAUCCCCAGUCAGGACUAUACAGCUGUGUCUGAUCCCGUUGGUUCCUUAAGGAUCCCCAGUCAGGACUAUACAGCUGUGAUCCCGUUGGUUCCUUAAGGAUCCCCAGUCAGGACUAUACAGCUGUGUCUGAGCCCGUUGGUUCCUUAAGGAUCCCCAGUCAGGACUACACAGCUGUGUCUGAGCCCGUUGGUUCCUUACGGAUCCCGUUGGUUCCUUAAGGAUCCCCAGUCAGGACUAUACAGCUGUGUCUGAUCCCGUUGGUUCCUUAAGGAUCCCCAGUCAGGACUAUACAGCUGUGAUCCCGUUGGUUCCUUAAGGAUCCCCAGUCAGGACUAUACAGCUGUGUCUGAUCCCGUUGGUUCCUUAAGGAUCCCCAGUCAGGACUAUACAGCUCUGAGCCCGUUGGUUCCUUAAGGAUCCCCAGUCAGGACUAUACAGCUGUGUCUGAUCCCGUUGGUUCCUUAAGGAUCCCCAGUCAGGACUAUACAGCUGUGUCUGAUCCCGUUGGUUCCUUAAGGAUCCCCAGUCAGGACCAUACAGCUGUGUCUGAUCCCGUUGGUUCCUUAAGGAUCCCCAGUCAGGACUAUACAGCUGUGAUCCCGUUGGUUCCUUAAGGAUCCCCAGUCAGGACUAUACAGCUGUGUCUGAGCCCGUUGGUUCCUUAAGGAUCCCCAGUCAGGCCUAUACAGCUGUGUCUGAUCCCGUUGGUUCCUUAAGGAUCCCCAGUCAGGACUAUACAGCUGUGAUCCCGUUGGUUCCUUAAGGAUCCCCAGUCAGGACUAUACAGCUGUGAUCCCGUUGGUUCCUUAAGGAUCCCCAGUCAGGACUAUACAGCUGUGAUCCCGUUGGUUCCUUAAGGAUCCCCAGUCAGGACUAUACAGCUCUGAGCCCGUUGGUUCCUUAAGGAUCCCCAGUCAGGACUAUACAGCUGUGUCUGAUCCCGUUGGUUCCUUAAGGAUCCCCAGUCAGGACUAUACAGCUGUGUCUGAUCCCGUUGGUUCCUUAAGGAUCCCCAGUCAGGACCAUACAGCUGUGUCUGAUCCCGUUGGUUCCUUAAGGAUCCCCAGUCAGGACUAUACAGCUGUGAUCCCGUUGGUUCCUUAAGGAUCCCCAGUCAGGACUAUACAGCUGUGUCUGAGCCCGUUGGUUCCUUAAGGAUCCCCAGUCAGGCCUAUACAGCUGUGUCUGAUCCCGUUGGUUCCUUAAGGAUCCCCAGUCAGGACUAUACAGCUGUGAUCCCGUUGGUUCCUUAAGGAUCCCCAGUCAGGACUAUACAGCUGUGAUCCCGUUGGUUCCUUAAGGAUCCCCAGUCAGGACUAUACAGCUGUGAUCCCGUUGGUUCCUUAAGGAUCCCCAGUCAGGACUAUACAGCUUUUUAUUUCUGCCGUCUUUUAUAUUAUUAUAUAGCAACGAUUUAAUAAUCAGACAAACGCUGGACGAAUCUUCACAGAAAUGUCUUUAAUAUAUGAUUUACUGUUUUUGUUUUUAGAUUUUUAAUUAAAUCAUUUGAGGUUUGUUUUGUUCACCUGUAAGCUUCAAAUUGACUGCACUGUACUCUCAUUACCCUGGCUGACCUGUGAAUCCACAAAUUGCACCCUAUUCCCUAAUGUAGUGCACUACUAUUAACCAGAGGCCUUACCCUAACCAGUAGUAGUGCACUAUAAAAGGAAUAGCUUAAGGGACCAUUUGGGAGCCUGGUGGUGUGCUGCAUAACUAGAUAAUGUUCUCUCUGUGGAAGUAAUGCUAACGAUGAUAGGUUAGGGAUCAGUGGUAGUAAUGCUAUAAUGCUAGUGAUAGGCUAUGGAUCAGUGGUAGUAAUGCUAUAAUGCUAAUGAUAGGCUAGGGAACAGUGGUAGUAAUGCUAUAUUGCUAAUGAUGAUAGGCUAGGGAACAGUGGUAGUAAUGCUAAUGAUGACAGGCUAGGGAACAGUGGUAGUAAUGCUAUAAUGCUAAUGAUGAUAGGCUAGGGUUGCAAAAUUAGGCUAGGGUUGCAAAAUUCAUGAAACGUUCCCUACAUUUCCAAGGUUUUUUAUUAAUCAUGUUUCAAGGAAUUUCUGAUAUCAGGAAGGAUUAACUAGGGAAGGCAUCCUCCUACUGAGAUUUAUGAGGAAUUUCGGAGUUCUGAAAAGCAUGUAGCUCAAUAACCAGUAUCUGAGCUGUGAAGCUGUGAAUGGCACAUACAUAACCACUGUCUGGAGAGACCUGCAGAGACCUACAGCUAGACUCCCUAACACAGUGUCUGUUCAGACUGAUUCAUUAGAGCUAGACUCACUAACACAGUGUCUGUUCAGACUGAUUCAUUAGAGCUAGACUCACUAACACAGUGUCUGUUCAGACUGAUUCAUUAGAGCUAGACUCACUAACACAGUGUCUGUUCAGACUGAUUCAUUAGAGCUAGACUCACUAACACAGUGUCUGUUCAGACUGAUUCAUUAGAGCUAGACUCACUAACACAGUGUCUGUUCAGACUGAUUCAUUAGAGCUAGACUCCCUAACACAGUGUCAGUAGUGACUUGUUUCUGUGCCUAAUGCUUUGAGUACUGAGUAGUGACUUGUUUCAGUGCCUAAUGCUUUUAGUACUGAGUAGUGACUUGUUUCAGUGCCUAAUGCUUUUAGUACUGAGUAGUGACUUGUUUCAGUGCCUAAUGCUUUGAGUACUGAGGAGUGACUUGUUUCUGUGCCUAAUGCCUUGAGUACUGAGUAGUGACUUGUUUCAGUGCCUUUAUUGUAGAAUGACUUGUUGGUUGGUCUGUAGAUAGUUUUCAGAUGCCACCUCCCCUUCUCUUGAAGCCCAGCUCACCUAUCUCUCGGAAUUGGUGGACAGGACAGGUACCUACCCGUAAAAAUGUACGUGUGAUCAGGGUGGUUGGCAGGUAGCCACGGUGCGCUGCAGUUCACUCCAAACAACUCGUAUCAAGCAGAUCACACAAUUUACCACGGCCGGCAGCAGGCCUGGUCUACAGGGUAAUAGUAGUGUGGGUAGGAGCCACUGUCUGGAGUUAGCCCAGAUUAACAUCAUUAAUAACCCACUGUCUGGAGUUAGCCCAGAUUAACAUCAUUAAUAACCCACUGUCUGGAGUCAGACCAGAUUAACAUCAUUAAUAACCCACUGUCUGGAGUUAGCCCAGAUUAACAUCAUUAAUAACCCACUGUCUGGAGUCAGACCAGAUUAACAUCAUUCAUAACCCACUGUCUGGAGUUAGACCAGAUUAACAUCAUUAAUAACCCACUGUCUGGAGUCAGACCAGAUUAAUAUCAUUAAUAACCCACUGUCUGGAGUCAGACCAGAUUAACUUCAUUAAUAACCCACUGUCUGGAGUCAGACCAGAUUAACAUCAUUAAUAACCCACUGUCUGGAGUCAGACCAGAUUAACAUCAUUAAUAACCCACUGUCUGGAGUCAGACCAGAUUAAUAUCAUUAAUAACCCACUGUCUGGAGUUAGCCCAGAUUAACAUCAUUAAUAACCCACUGUCUGGAGUCAGACCAGAUUAACAUCAUUCAUAACCCACUGUCUGGAGUUAGACCAGAUUAACAUCAUUAAUAACCCACUGUCUGGAGUCAGACCAGAUUAAUAUCAUUAAUAACCCACUGUCUGGAGUCAGACCAGAUUAACUUCAUUAAUAACCCACUGUCUGGAGUCAGACCAGAUUAACAUCAUUAAUAACCCACUGUCUGGAGUCAGACCAGAUUAACAUCAUUAAUAACCCACUGUCUGGAGUCAGACCAGAUUAACUUCAUUAAUAACCCACUGUCUGGAGUCAGACCAGAUUAACAUCAUUAAUAACCCACUGUCUGGAGUCAGACCAGAUUAACUUCAUUAAUAACCCACUGUCUGGAAUCAGACCAGAUUAACUUCAUUAAUAACCCACUGUCUGGAGUCAGACCAGAUUAACAUCAUUAAUAACCCACUGUCUGGAGUCAGACCAGAUUAACUUCAUUAAUAACCCACUGUCUGGAGUCAGACCAGAUUAACUUCAUUAAUAACCCACUGUCUGGAGUCAGACCAGAUUAACUUCAUUAAUAACCCACUGUCUGGCGUCAGACCAGAUUAACAUCAUUAAUAACCCACUGUCUGGAGUCAGACCAGAUUAACUUCAUUAAUAACCCACUGUCUGGAGUCAGACCAGAUUAAUUUAAUUCAUAACCCACUGUCUGGAGUCAGACCAGAUUAAUUUAAUUCAUAACCCAUUUCACGUAAAAUAGUGUCUGUUUUGCACUGAAUUUAAAAAACAACCCAUCAAUCAAAUGAAGAGCGUUACAAAUUAGUCUGCACUGCUUCCGUGAUAAUGAAUGAUAGAUUAGCAUGCUAUAUUGAUAUGCUAUUAUGGACCACCAUGACUGGUAACAUGAACGACCUGAAUGUUUAUUACCCCUGACACCACUACUUUUUCUGGGAAUGACUGCAGCCUUGUAUCGUACUGUGAUGACCUGGGAUGUGUUCAUUAGGCACCAAACAGUAGAAAACUGAUUUAAAACCGGGAGGGACUACCUGCACUAGUAGUCCAAUAACAAACACUAAAAUGUCUAUUUUCCUGUUGUAAAACAUUUUUUGCUAGAAUUCAGAUGGCACCAUGUGUCACGAUUGUCGUUGGGAGAAGGAGAAGAGGACCAAAGAGCAGCGUGGUAUACUGGAACAAAACAGACCGACAAACGAACAGUGCUGCAAGGUGCAACAAAAACACUAAACAGAAAAUUCAAAACGUAGAAUACAAAACAUAGAAUGCCCACCCCAACUCACGCCCUGACCAAACUAAAACAGAGCCAUAAAAAAGGAACUAAGGUCAGGGCGUGACACCAUUCUUCCAUAGGGGUUGCUUUGGAGCAGGCUAGCUUUGGCGCAGGCUAGCUUUGGCGCAGGCUAGCUUUGGAGCAGGCUAGCUUUGGAGCAGGCUAGCUUUGGAGCAGGCUAGCUUUGGCGCAGGCUAGCUUUGGAGCAGGAUAGCUUUGGAGCAGGCUAGCUUUGGCGCAGGCUAGCUUUGGCGCAGGCUAGCUUUGCUCGGUCUAUGAAGUCCCCUUAACUAUUGCUGUUGUGUGGUUUUAAUUAUGUCAAUGAUCUUUCACUUUAUGCCUCGGCACCACUGUUUUUAUGUUUUCAUUCAUGCUGUGCUGUGAUUUUGUUGUUGUUGUUGUUGUUAUUUCUUAUUUGUUUUGUUUAUAAUUAAACUCUUCUGUGUCCACUAAUUACAAUGAAUAAAUAAACUUACCUCGGA